CUGCUCUUAGAAAAGCCCCUCACUCGGUUUAAUGCUCUGCUGUUGUCACUCUUAAUAGUUUUACAUUCUUAAUUCUUGAAAUUCUUAAUUAACUUUGAACAUAGGGCCUCACAAAUUCAUUUUGCAUGGGGCCCUGCAAACUGUGUGGUCCGGUCCUGUUUUUUUCUCUCACUUGCCCUCCAGAGCCAUCACAGUAGAGGAGCCUGGAAUGGAUCAUUACCCCACUUCACAGAUGGGGAAACUGAGUCCCUGGCAGGGCAUGGUGAAGCCAAGACUAGACUUGGCCUCCACAGUGAAGUCCGGGGCUGUCUUCUCUCUUGGGGCUCUCUCUCAAUGAGUGGAUGGGUGGUGGCUUCCUUCCCCUUCACACACCUGCCUGGGGUGUUUCCAAUCCUCCCAAACCCGCAUUCCAUCUCUUAUUUCAUUUCCUUUCAUUAAAAAUACCAAGAUCAUUUGCUCACCUGCCAAUGAGGUGCUCCUGGGGGUUGGGGCCCCCCUGGAUGGCUCCUCCUGUCCGGUCCCCCGAGUAGGCCGCUGUGUCCCCAACACUCUCCACCCUGUCUCUGAGAGCCUGCAGCCAAGUACUUUGUCCUCUCCUGGAGAAGGCUCCCUGUGAGGCAUUCCUGACCUUCAGACCCGCCUCGGCCCAGAGCUGGCGCCAUGCCCAUGACAAUCACUUCCUGGCUGGGUGUUUACCUUCCUGGGCUCCAGGGGCCCAGUCAAGGUGGAGGCUGAACACCUGCCCGGAGGAUACAGGAAUGCAGGUGCUACCCAUGGUCAAGGCCAGGAACGGCUACUACCAAACCCUGGUGCAAGAUGAAUAAUCAGCACUUGGAGCUCUGGGACCUCAUCCAUGACCCCUCGUCAUCUCCUCCCCAGCCCCAUGGCGUCUUCCCCCAGCCUGCAGAGGGACACAGUGUUCCAGUCGGGAGUCCAUGCCUACAGGAUCCCCGCUCUGCUGUACCUGCCUCAGCAGAAGACACUGUUGGCCUUCGUGGAACAGCGGAUAAGCAAGAAGGAUGAGCAUGCGGAGGUGAUCGUCAUGCGCAGAGGAAGCUACGACGCAGCCACCCAUCGGGUCCAGUGGCACGCCCAGGAGGUGGUGGCCCAAGCCCAGCUGGAGGGCCACCGGUCCAUGAACCCGAGCCCCGUGUACGACGAGAUGACGGGAACCCUCUUCCUCUUCUUCAUUGCCAUCCCAGGGCAGGUGUCUGAGCACCACCAGCUGCACACCAGGGUUAACAUGACGCAGCUGUGCCAAGUCACCAGCACCGACCACGGGAAGUCCUGGAGCCCGGCCACAGAUCUCACCAGCCUUGCCAUUGGCGCAGACCACAAAGAAUGGGCCACUUUCGCGGUGGGUCCGGGGCACUGCCUGCAGCUGCACAACAAAACGCAGAGCCUGGUGGUGCCUGCCUACGCUUACCGGAACCUUCACCCACUCAAGCGGCCCUCCCCAUUUGCCUUCUGCUUCAUCAGCCACGACCACGGGCACACAUGGCAGAGAGGGAACUUCGUGGCCCCAGACACUGUGGAGUGCCAGGUGGCCGAGGUCGGGGGCGCAGAGCAGAGGGUGGUGUAUCUCAAUGCCCGGAGCCCCCUUAGAGCCCGGGUCCAGGCCGAGAGCACCAAUGAGGGGCUCGACUUCAAGGAGGCCCAGCUAGUGGAGCAGCUGGUAGAGCCUCCACAUGGCUGCCAUGGGAGCGUCAUCAGUUUUCCCAGCCCGCGUGCAGGGGCUGAUGCCUCGGAGAAAUGGCUGCUCUACACUCACCCCACCGACCCAGGGCACAGGGUCAACCUGGGCGUGUACCUCAACAAGAGGCUCCCGGGCCCCACAGCCUGGUCGGAGCCCACUCUGCUGGCCACCGGCAGCUGCGCUUACUCAGACCUCCAGAGCAUGGGCACCGGCCCCGAUGGGUCACCCCAGUUUGGGUGUCUGUACGAGUCGGAGAAUUACGAGGCGGUCACCUUCCUCAUGUUCACCCUGAAACAAGCCUUCCCAGCUGAGUUUUCGUCUCCGUGA